AUGUUCAACUUCAACUUCUUCAAGUCUACCCCGACUGAGUCCGCCACCGAGCAGGCCACGUGGAACGCCAACACCGUCACCAUGCAGCCGACCAGCCCCGCCGCCCCUUCAAGCAACAAGGACGUCAUCACUGAGCAGCCGGCUAGUCAAGAACAAAUGCAGCUGCGUGGAGGUGGCGGCGGUGGUUUCUGCUGCGGAAUUUGCGCCGGCCUCGCCUGCUUCGAGUGCUGCGAGAUUUGCUGCUAG